AGUAUCAUCAUUUGCUCACUCUCCCCCCUCCUCCUCACGCGCGCACACAGAGAUUCUUUGCUCAGAGCCCACAAGACCAUCGAGGAUCCAACAAUGUCACACACCCUCUCUGUUUUUCUGACACCUUGAGGUUUUCUUCCUCUGGGUCACACUUUUUGAGCCCUCUCGAGUUCCUUUCAAUUACACAAGAAACAACUUCCUUGCGUUUUUAAUUCUCCUCCAAGAUUCAAAUUUUGGGGUUCCCGAAUUCAUUUGGUGGGGAAUUAUUCGUUUUGGGUGAAGAUCAUAGCUCAACCGAGAUUCGAAUCUUUUUUUUGGCUUAUUUUGUGUGGAAAUUUGGUUUUUUUUUUACUCGUGGAGCUUUAUGACUGGUUAAGAAAUGCUGGGAUUAUCAGGUGUUGGAUUUUGUGGUUGCUGCAUGUAGAACUUGCGGAGCUGGUGGUGGGAUUUUCAGUACUUUUGGGUUGAAGGCUGUGAUUGGGGAUUGGUGGUUUGGUUGCUGAAAUAGGGUUUUGCAUGGCUUGGUUUUGAUUUGGUAGGCUCUGAAUGUGUAAGUCUUAAGGGGUCCUCUGCUCAGUUGUGGAGGAUCCCUGUUGAAAAAGAAAAGAUUUAAACUUGAGGUGUGAUUAUCGGAGGGUUCGUAAAUUUUGUGAUAUAUGGUUAUGGUGGUCGAAUUGGGUGGAUAAUCAAGUGGGAGGUGUUGGACCUUGCAUUUCGUGGCCUGGUUUCGUGCGGUUUUAUACAGAUUUUGGUGGAAAUGUUCGGUCCUGUUCCGGACAGGGGGCAUGAUAACAGUGCAGUUUCGGUACCAGUUUUGAUUCCCUGGUUAUUCGUGUGGCGUUAUGGGGGAAGAAGCGUGUCACUUUGCGGUUCUUUCACCGGGUGGUCAGGAAGUAUACCUAUGUCUCCGGUGGAGGGACGCGAUGAUGUAUUUCAAGUUGUGUGCAACUUGACACCAGGAAGUCACCAGUACAAGUUUUGUGUUGAUGGAGUGUUGCUGCAUGACGAGAGCCAGCCAUUUUCAAGGGGGGAUUAUGGUUUAGUAAAUACCAUCUUUGUUGGUAGGGAGCCAGAUAUGAUUAAUUCUACUUUUGGUUCUCAGACACCUGGCAGAUCCAACAUGGAUGUGGAUCAUGAUGACAUUAUGCCUGCAGUCUCAUUGUCACAUGGUACUUCACAAGAAGCCAUUCCAAGGAUAUCAUCUGCCGAUUUAGAGGUUUCUCGCCACCAUAUAUCUGUAUUCUUGUCUACACAUACUGCUUAUGAGUUGCUUCCUGACUCGGGCAAGAUCAUUACCCUGGAUAUUAAUUUACCAGUCAAGCAAGCAUUUCAUAUCCUACAUGAACAGGGAAUCUCUGUGGCUCCUCUCUGGGAUUGUGGCCAGUUUGUUGGAGUUCUCAGUGCAUUGGACUUCAUUUUAAUUUUGAGAGAGCUUGGGAAUCAUGGAUCAAACAUGACAGAGGAACAGCUUGAGACACAUACAAUAGCAGCUUGGAAAGAGGGGAAAUUACAUCUUACCAGAACAAUGGAUGGCGAUGGGGCAUCAUUUCCUCAUCAACACCUUAUCCAUGCUGGGCCUUAUGAUUGUAUGAAAGAUGUUGCUUUGAAAAUUUUACAAAACAAGGUGGCCACAGUUCCCAUAAUCCAUUAUUCACAGGAUGGGUCUAUUCCACAGCUUUUACAUCUUGCUUCGCUGUCUGGAAUACUAAAAUGUAUCUACAGGUAUUUUAGACAUUCUUUAAGCUCGUUGCCCAUUCUUGAGCAACCUAUUUGUUCAAUUCCUUUGGGUACGUGGGUUCCGAAAAUUGGGGAGUCAAGGCCAUUUGCAAUGUUAAGGCCAAAUGCAUCUCUUAGUGCUGCUUUAACUUUGUUAGUUCAAGCUGAAGUUAGUUCAAUACCAAUAGUGGAUGAUGAUGGCUCAUUGCUGGAUAUUUAUUCACGAAGUGAUAUCACCUCUUUGGCUAAAGAUAAAGCAUAUGCACAGAUUCGUCUCGAUGAAAUGACUAUUCACCAGGCAUUACGACUGGGGCAGAAUGCAAAUUCUUCUUAUGGCUUUAAUGGACAGAGAUUUCAGAUGUGUUUACGAUCUGACCCACUGCAUGAAGUGAUGAAACGGUUGACAAAUCCUGGGGUUAGGAGACUUGUCAUUGUAGAGGCUGGCAGCAAUCGUGUGGAAGGUGUAAUAUCAUUGAGUGAUGUGUUCAACUUCUUGCUGCGCUAGCUGGAAUUUGUUGGCCAUCAUUUCGCAUGAGGGGGCCGAUUAUGGUGCCAUUGUGGAAGUCACAUUGUUUUUUCGACAUCAUGUAUCUUUGAGCUUACUCUCUUCCUUUCCAUUGUGAAAUGUCUAAUUUGUUUCUCCGAGUCUUGAUUUACAAGCCUCGAGCUUAUGAGCCCCCACCCCCAUCCCCCCCUUUUAGGAUAGAAAAUUUUAAAAGAGAAAAGAAAUCUGUAAAUUGUGAGGAUUUCAUUUUUCACUUUUUAGACACAAGCCCUAAUUGUUAUCCUUGCAGCUGGCACAGCUGCCAUGCCUGUGACUGCUAGUGCUUACAGAAAAUGAGCCAGGCACUCAAAAAAAAAUGUUUGUGGGAUUCGUCUUUUUUGCCAUUUGGUGGGCUUGUAGGUAAAAAAGUUGGUUACUUUUUUUUUUUAAGUUUUGAA